CAUCGACGUUCUCCAAUCGUCGAACCAGAACCACGUCGACCAAAGUGUCCUGCUCUGAGAGAUAAAGAGCACAACGAUGGCUCUGAUCAGACAGCGACGAGGUAUCUCCACCAUCCCUCUGAUCCUCUCUAUCUCCAGACUCCUAUCUCUACCUAUAUCUCUGGCUCGACCGGCAGGUCAAUCGUUUGCCAAGUCUGCAGGAUGGUUGAGUUCAAGUGCGAUGGUGAUGAUGAUGGCUGCGGAUGAAGAUAAACCGAUCGAACCUGAGGAUCCACCUGACAGUCCUGCGUUCUGGUGGAAGCUGGGUCUGAGUGUCGCCUUGGUCCUCCUGGGGGGUGUCUUUGCAGGAUUGACUCUCGCUUUGAUGGGGUCUGAUGAUCUGAAUCUGAGAGUCUUGUCUACCUCUUCUGACGAUGCAAAGGAGAGAAAAGCAGCGUCCAAAGUCUUGAGACUCUUGGCCAGAGGGAGGCAUUGGGUUUUGGUGGUGCUGUUGCUGGGAAAUGUCAUCGUCAAUGAAUCUCUUCCAAUCUUCCUGGACGAUGUGCUCGGCGGUGGUCUCGCCGCGGUCAUCGUCUCUACGACUAUGAUUGUCAUCUUCGGCGAAAUCAUUCCCCAGGCGGUCUGUGUACGAUAUGGUCUACGGAUCGGUGGAGCGUGCGCUCCAUUCGUAUUUGCCCUUAUGAUUCUCUUCUUCCCUAUCGCCUACCCGAUCGCAAAACUGCUCGAUUAUGUUCUAGGUCACGAAGAGGGUCAUACGUAUAAGAAGGCGGAACUCAAGAGCUUCUUGCAAUUUCACCGUGAAGGUGAAGAGCCUCUUCGUGACGACGAGAUUGGUAUUCUCAAUGGUGUAUUGUCGCUCAACGAGAAACACGUUCAAGAAAUCAUGACGCCCAUCAAAGAUUGUCUCACCCUGCCCUCGGAUAAAGUACUGGACCAUGAGACUGUAGAUCAGAUUCUCCUUUCAGGUUUCUCCAGAAUUCCCAUUCACGAGCCAGGCCAGAAGUACAACUUCACAGGCAUGCUUCUUGUCAAACGGCUCAUCACAUACAAUCCCGAGGACCAGUGGCCUGUAUCUAAAUUCAAUCUAUUACCUCUGCCCGAGGCCAAACCCACUAUCAACUGCUUCCAGGCUCUCGAUUAUUUCCAAACCGGUCGAGCGCAUCUUCUGCUCAUCAGUGAGACGCCGGGAGGACGUGGCGGAGCGCUGGGUAUUGUUAGUUUGGAGGACCUGAUCGAGGAGAUUAUUGGAGAGGAAAUCGUAGAUGAAACCGAUCGGUACCAAGACAAUCGAUCACGCAAGAUCGCCAAGCGAGCCGGCACCGGCGCUGUCAUGCGGGGGAUUAUCGAGCGCCACAGGUCCACGAUCCACGCUCUAGGUGCUCUUUCUCGGCGGACGUCUGGAGUGGAAGGUCAACGACCCGUUCAGCUUGGUCCUCCGACCGAAGGUGGACCACACGAUGGUCUCCUGAUCCAAUUCAAUGAUGGAGCGCUGGUCGCUGAGCCUGUCUCGAUACCUGCGGAUGAACAACACGAUUCCGUCCGCGUAGGAGGCAAGCGAAUGGUAGUUGGACACACCAUCAUGGGCAGUCCAACGGCCAAGAUGGCCGAAAUCGAAGAAAUGAGCGUCGAUCAAAAUGGUGAAGGCUCCAGCGAGCAGACGCAGACCAACGAUGAAACGGAGGACGGAGACGAUGCCGGAGAGAACGACAAGAAAGAAAGGGACGAUGCCAAAAGUGACGACGAGCGAGGCUUUGGCGAUUCGGUCUCAGUCUCAUUUGAGACCCAUGAGGAUUUCGAGUUGGCUGCAAAAGCUUUCAUUGAGCGAUACAAAGGUCAUGGGAGUGCAGACCCCGGUCCAUCAAGGACGAACAGGGGUUGGAGGUGGCAAGAGCAUCCAAAAAAGGGAGUACGACAUCAUGGGUACCUUUGCAGACGAAUGACACGAUACGUUGAAAUGAUCAACUCGAGCAAAUUCACUCAUGACAAUGACAACGAGGAUCAUGAUGAUGAAUCUCCUCUGGAGGGAAAUGACGAUUCAGAGAACGAAGAGGAAGAUGAGGAUCCGAGUGAACAUCGGCACUUGAUAAGGAAGACUGCUGGCUCGACCCGAAGCGAUAGACAUGACCCACCCGCGGUGAUGACCAACAAGAGAGAAAAGAUAGAGAUCGAACAGCAUAUCGUCUAUUCUCGAACAUAUCGCGUUCCUCAGCUUUUGAUCCGAGCUUGGGAUUCGAAUGGCGCGCCACUGUCGCUCACCUCGCUCAUCGCCACUGCUAUCCUCCGUCCUAACGCUCAGAUCCAACCUCUUCCCGUGGGCGAUAACGAGGACGAAACUCGACUCGACGUCCUCUUACUUGAUCCUCACUCUCCCUUCCCACUCAUUCAACAGACUGAACAUCCAUCCACUGGUCAAAUAGCAUGGGGCAUACAUCCAUGUCAGAUCGCCUCGGCCGUGGAUGAAGUCUUGGAGGCGGAGCCUCGCUCGGACACUCGUCCAGUCUCAAAGCAAGAGCAAGAGAGCAGGGUGAAAUGGUUGGAGACUUGGAUGAUGAUUACCAGUGGGGUCGUAGACCUCGCUUAUGCAUGAGAGAGACAUAUGUGUAACUUCUAUAUGACACCGGUAUGACACGCCACUCCUCAGUGCCCAAUAGAUCCUCGUAGGAAACAAUGCACCGGGGCUACAGACUAAAGAGGACGACGGGUGUCAGCCAAUGUCAGACUUGAUGCACAAGCAGCUCACCCCAAGCCCCUCAUGAUGGCAUA